CCGGCGGCCGGUCCCUCCCUCCCUGCCCGCCUCGCUGCCUGCUCUCGGGCGGCUGCACAGCGGCGGCAGGAGCGCGGAGGUUGCGCCCGGGCCGCGAUGCUGCCCGCCGCCGGCCCCAGCGCCGCGCAGACGUGCGCGCUGGUGCUGGGAGCCGCCGUGCUGCUGCAGUCCCUCUGCGUGGCCGUCACCUUCCUCUACUUCACCAACGAGCUCAAGCAGCUCCGGGAGACGUACUCAAAGAGCGGCAUUGCUUGUCUCACCGGGGAGGAGCUCGGGAAUUUCAUACAGAACUUGGACGUGGUGGAGACGGAGGAGCGAGAGGCCGAUCCCUGCUGGCAAGUGAAGUGGCAACUGGGGAAGCUAAUCAAAAAGAUGAUGUCAAGAAGCUAUGAGGAAAACAUAUCUGCAGUCAACGCUGAAAGAGCCCUAACGUUUUCCAACGGCAACGAGCAGCCGCCGCAGAAUCCCGCCUACCGAAUAGCAGCGCAUCUAACCGGGAACAGCAACAAGAAGAGCUCUGUAGCCCCACACAACUCCUCGCCCAGAAGAGGCAGUGGCCAAAAAAUAAGCAGCUGGGAGUCGUCGCGGAAAGGCCAUUCCUUCCUCUACAACGUGGAGCUGAGGAACGGCGAGUUAGUGGUACCCAAAACGGGCUUCUACUACAUCUACUCACAAACUUAUUUUCGGUUCCGCGAAAACGAGAACGAAGAUUCAGAUUUACUGGCGCAAAUCCGAAACCCUAAACAGCUGGUCCAGUACGUUUACAAACUGACUAAUUAUCCAGAGCCCAUUUUGCUCAUGAAAAGCGCAAGGACAAGCUGCUGGUCUAAAAAGGCAGAGUAUGGACUUUACUCCAUCUACCAGGGGGGUGUUUUCCAGCUGAAGAGGGACGACAGGAUUUUUGUCUCCGUCAGCAACGGGGAUAUAGUUGACAUGGACAAAGAAGCAAGUUUUUUUGGAGCCUUUUUGAUCAGUUAAAAAGGUUGAAACCAUGCUCCAAAGGAGCCCGUUUGCAUAGUUAGGACCAGCUUAAAAUUCUGUAAAAUCGGGGGUAAAACGCAAACAGUACCGACAAUACCGGACUCCCCAUUCCCAGGCGUGACAGUGCCAAAACACGCUCCGACGAGCCGGUCCGGAGGAAUAGCGGGUGGCUGCACGUUUGCAGGAGCGGACACCUCAGCUCGCUUCCCAGCGGGUUUUGGGGAAGAGCAAGGCUUUAGCGCGUCCGGAUGCCACCUCGGGCGAGAGCCCGGCCACGCGCAGGUAAGCGCUGCCCAAGCAUCGCCGCCAAGACGUCCCCGACGGGCCCCGCUGCGGCACGCUGGACGCCAGCUCAGCAGAGCUGCACGGCGGCUGCUCACGUCUAGUUACUUCAGGUGGGGACUGGAAAUCAAACCUCACCUGUGGUUUGCAUUUGGACCCUGUCUCGAGCAUCUCGGCUCCUCUAAGGAGCCUUCGCCAGUGCUGGAUGCCACUGGAGUUACCCGAAGGACUUAGCUCGCAUUUGAACCUCAGUUUUACAGAAGUGAAAGGCCACCAGAAAGCCAAAACACGCAUCUUUGCCUAAUCCAACGAAGCACUUAAGCGCCUAAUUAAUUUUAAGCACAUGCACAGUCUGACCAAAAGGGUGGUAUUUAUGUGCUUGAAAUUAAAUAUGUGCUUAAGCAUUUUUCAGGAUCAUGCCUUGAAUAAACACGAGUCCAUCUUAAUCAGUAUGUUGUACAUAAAAGAAAAAGAAAUCCAGCUGCUGAAAUAGCACAGAAAAGGUUUUGAAAUCAAUCAGUAUUUUGAGAUCACAGCACAUUAUGAUCGUGCCUAUCUACUUAAUUGAUACACCACAAAGAUUUCACCAGGCCGGCGAUGGGUUCGGUAACGCAAUUGCUGCUACACUGCCGUGAUGCAGAGGAAGUUUUUUUCCUUGAAACACUGAAUUCUGUUAGACAUCUGCCACAAAUUGAGCAUAACACGGUGCUUCCAUGUUUCCUUGGACUGGCCUGUUAUCGGUAGGGAGCAAGGCAGAAUACACCCUGAUGACUAGUGUUUUAAGGAAAACGUACACAGCUAUCUCUGCUUAAACAUGAGCUGCAAUUUAGGUAAUGCCGUUUUGAUUUUGUUUUAUUUGCCGGAACGGGUGGACUUUUUUUGUAAUUUUUUUUUUUUUAACUUACACUGGCCACUGCAUUUGUCAACUGUAUGAAUAGGACUAUUUUGUGUAUAUAUAUAUGUAUAAAAAAGAAUAAUUUGCUAGUGUAAGCUCUGUGAGCCAGAUCCCCAGGAUAAGUCGGCUAGCAUAAAUCAGCACCUCCGUGAUACCAGCAGCAGAGCGAUGCCGAAUUGCACCAUGCAUGCGUUUUGACAAGAUUUGGUGAAAACAGUGUGGAGAAGAAGGCGAAAGUGAAAAAACCACGGUGGGGGAAGGAAGAGAGCUGCUCUGCAAGCGUUACGUGAAGUCAACAGAACGAUGUCAGGAGAAAAAAUCUAGUAGUCUAUCUUUUAAUAAAUUAAGGUUGCCUUGGGAACCUUCAAAUUACGGUAAUGAACAAAUCACUGUACAGCCCCUGCAUAUGGGCCUCGGGAGUAAACACAUGCCUCAUUCAUCUCCCUACUUCGUUUCUCAACGAGAGGAAACCAGCUGCCACAACCACUUAUUUUGUCGCCCAGAAAAGCAGGUACCUUGGUUGUUCACUUAAACACCUGUGUGGGAGCAGCAGCAGCAGGACUUCAGAAAUACCUUUUUCUUCACAGAGCAAAGAAACGCACGCUGGCUUCAACCCCAAAUUACGACUCCGACAAGCGUUUGCUGCAUUAACACAGAGCUGAAUUUUGCUGCUUUCGAUGGUAGUCAGAUAUGUGAAUUUCUCCAUCAUUUACCGGAAUACUUUGGUUUGGCUCAUUCGCAAAUCAUCUACUUCAGCACAGAACUGAAAAUAUUCCUACAAAACUUUUUUCCUAUUCUCUUCUGUACUUAAUUCAGAAAUUGUCUUCCCACUACAAAAAGCUAGAUAGUACAAAACUGUUCCCUACAUAAGCCAAUGCCUCCUCUGUUGGUGAGCAGACUUUGGCAGCUGCUUAGCUUUACAAAACAGCCCAGGCUUUACAUCUAAGCACAGGAUUGACUCAUGUCAUCAAACUCCCUCGCAAUUUAGUCUAUUAAGAAGUUAGAAUUGUUUAAAAAAAAAAAAGUUAUUUUAAGUGCUUAUUUGAAAGAAAAAAACAUUUUAACUGUGGAAAAUAAAAUCAGAUUUAUUGGUGGCAGCUUAGGAUGAGAAGCCUCCGUAUGGCUAAGAAAUGAUUUAUAUCACCCGGUAGUCAGGCUCUGCUAAAAAGGACUGGAAGGAAACUGUGGAAGUGGGGGAAACUACACAAACUGAGAGCUGACGUUAAGACAAACUGCCUAUUACACACAGCUUUUUUUGCUUCAUGUCACUCUUCAACUCCCAAUAUGUAGUAUCACGCUGACUCGUCUAGGGAAUGCUUCUGGGCAUUAUCUUCUUUCUUAUCUAAAUAUACAUAUUCUUGGUCUCUGCAUGCAGAGUGUAGCCCAACUGGGAUCAUACUGAAUAAUCAUAUUUUAUUUCUGAAUAAUCCAAAGCCAUGCUUGCCAGAUAUUAUCCUGGGGAGAGACCAUAAAGCAGUAUCAGACAGGGCACAUUUGAAGAUGGAUAGAAAGACAGAUCAACUUCCAUUGGUAGAUUUGCACCCGGAAUCAUCCUUUUCCUCUCACUUCUUUAUGCCGAAUGGUCAAUGUAGCAAAUUUUUAUUCAUGGGUGUAGGUUGCAGUAGCAUACAAAUGUUGUAAUUUUUGUACUUGCAUUUUAUAUAAAACAUUUUUACUAAAUAA